AUGAGCGCUUCUGAGAUUCGGACUCUCCGAAACAAACUCAAAGCAUACGAGCGCGUCAUCGGUGAGAAAAUAGAUGAAGAGGGGAUACAUCAAUUUCUUGUUAAAUUAAAGGAAAGACCAUAUAAAGACGCAAUUUGGGUCAGUUCUGAGUUAUUUUUCAAGAUAUUUAGCGACAUUGAUCCCAAAACAAUAGACAUACCUCCACAAUUCGAUGAUGAUCACUAUUACAAUCCAGGUUUUGAUGAUAUCGAGAUGAUUUUAAACGAAAGCAAGAAUUUAUACUACGUCAAGUGGAAAGGAUUACCAUUAGAUCAAUGUACAAUCCAAGCAUUUGUUCCUCGCAGCAUAAUUUCUAAUUUUUUCGAAAAAGAAAAAGAAAAUUUUCCAAAACCAAAGACAAAAAUAGUCAAACGAAGCAGAUUACUACUAUUUGACGACAAUUAUCCAUCAGAAGAUGAAUGUCCUAAUACAAAACAAGUAACUUUGAAUUCAUUGAUGCAAAUGUACAAUUUAGGGGUAUCUCCUGUUCUUUUAAAACACGCCAAUGAUGACAUAGAUGUUCCUUUUCGUGAGUUCUGUGUCAAUUUAUACAAAUCUUACAAUGUUUUAGGUCCAUUUUUAAUUAUUACGACAAACAACGAAAUUUCGCAUUGGAUAACGAGUUUACACGAGAAUACACAACUUACAGUUUGUCCAUUCUACGGUUCAGACUCUAGUUUGGACAUUGCAAUUAAAUAUUUUAAUAUAAAAAAUACAAAACAGUUAAAAUUCCAUUUUCUCAUUGCAACAGAAGAAGCAUUGUCAUCCCGACCAGAACUGUUCAAGAAAAUAGAGUUUCCUGUUGCUUUUAUGACAUAUAAAAGUAAAAUACCAGAUUUCAUCGAUUCUCCGUUCCAAAUAAGUUGUGACAAAGUUCCUUUCAAAAAUGUUGCAGCGUUUUACACAAAAAUGUCAAAAAUUUUACUAAAAACAAAAAUUGAUGAAUAUGAUGCUGAAAAAAUCGUUUCUAUUCAAAAUUCUUAUGCUCCAUUUGCUGCAUUUGCUAAAGAACCAAAGCAUAAUGUCAUAGAAAUCGAAUGCGACAUUGCAGAAAAACAAAAAUAUUCAAUUUUAAAAUUUUACAAAGAAAACAUAGAACUGAUCAAACAGAACCAACUCAAAGUGUUUAUGGAAAACAUCCAGCCUAUUCUAAUCCAUCCUUAUUCAAUUCCUGAAAAUGAAAAAUUAUAUCAUACAGAUUUACUUUCAGCAUCGAACAAACUAUCAAGAUGCAUCGAAGUCAUCCAUCAGAACAUGGAAUUUCAUUGGAAUACUUUGGUUGUGUUGCCAAAUCAAGAAUUAAUUGAAAUUUUCCAAGAUUCGUUCUACGAAAACAACAUUACAUACUCUACACAACACACAAAUGCAAACGCUACUUUGGUUCUGAGCUCCGAUCCAAAUUUACCAAAAUUUGAGAACUUUACAAAUUCUGUCAUUUUUUUCGGAAAAAAUUUUGAGUGUAAAGGAAAGAAAAACACCAAAUAUUAUAAGAUUAUGUUCAAGCACAUAGAUGAAAGCGGAAUCAAGUCCGAAAUGAAGAUAAAAUUUUUGUAUCUGAUUUGUUCGACCAAAAUGAAUUUAAACUACGAAUCUGAUUUUGUCAAAGAUCUACUGAAAGAAAAGAACUUUUUCGAAGAUUUUACGAUUGUUCCGAAAUUUAAUACGGCGAUUUACACUGAUAACUACAGAAACAUGGCAUUAGUCGUCAGGGAAUUCAUCAAAUGGGGAUUCGGAAGCUGGCAGAAGGUUCAUGAUUGUUUACCUUUCAGGAUUUCAUUGAAAAAACAAAAAACAAUUAUUUUUUCAAUGGUUUACAAAGCUCUGAAAAACCGACCAACUAAAAACGACUUAGAAUUUCUUGAGUACUAUUCUCGAGCAUAUUUUUAUUCCAUACAACAUUACGAAGAAAACUAUCCCGUUGUCCAAGAAAUGUCGAAUUUUUUGUUCAUUUUACAAAGCCAAAUAAUUCUUUACAAAAAUUUUGAUUUCGUUUCGAAAUUAAAAUCGGUUCCGACUCCACCGCCAGCAAAAAAUUGGUCUAUCAAAAACGAUAAAUUACUUUACGAUGAGUUUACAAAAAACGGUUUUGACAAUUUGACAAAUUUACCAAAAGAACUUUCCGGCAUCAAAAGGGAAGAAUUACUUAGAAGAUACGAAGACAUUUUAGUGACAGCUUCUUUGAAUUGUAUGAAUUCAAAAGAACCUUAUUUUUCUUUUAUUUCUCCUGUUCUAAAACUCCAACUUUUGCCAAGUGAUGUGACCAAAAUUGUUAAAUACAUGAUAGAUCAAGGUAAGAACAUCGAGAACUACUUCGUGCCGAAGAAGAAAUGCAAUGUAAAAGAAGCUGUCAGACAAAUGUCAAAAAUUUCAAAUUAUUUCUCUACAAAACCGGAUUUUUCCGAAAUUUUCCAAAAAUUGAAUCACAGAUUGGCACUUUUUAACCAAAUUUAUCUUUUGUUGAAUGACGAAAACAACUACAAAGUCAUACAGACUGUUGGAACAUGGCUUCCGAAUAUAAUGCCUGAUGAAGAAAUAAUGAUUUACGAGUAUAUAAAUGAACAUGGAUUGAAUUCAAUUCCUGACUUGAUAAAAGAUCCAAUUUUUAAUACAAUUUUCAAAGGAACAAUUCCUGACAAAUUGAAGAACAAGAAAAGUAUAAUGAUGAGAGUUUCUUUUCUGAACAAACUGUUGAAGAUUUCGUCAAUUGUAAAUGUUGCUGAAACUUAUCACUCUGAUUACGAAAUUUCUUCUGCAGACAACAUCACUGCUUUCAUGACUACUGAAGACGACGAAUCAAAGUCUCUCUCUUCGUCAAAAGAAAACUCUUCUGAAAAUGAACAAAACAAAAUAUCUUCUGAUGAUGAAAAACAAAAUAAAUUUUCUUCUUCUGAUGAUGAAAAAGUUAAGAAACAAAGUAAAUCAAGGGAAAAGAAGAAAUCGAAAUUUUCAUCUAAAGAUAAUGAAGAAAAAUCUUCAUCUUCUCAAGAAGAAGAAAAAGAUAAAAAACGAAAACCUGAUGAAAAGAAUAAGAAACGAAAUAUUUCUUCUUCUUCAGAUAAUGAAGAAAAAUCAUCAUUUUCUUCUUCUUCUGAAGAAGAAGAAUUUAAAGGAAAGAGAAAAUCAAAAAGAAAUAAAUCUUCUUCUUCUGAUAAUGAAGAAAAAGUUAAAUCUAAACAAAAAUUAAAUGAAAAGAAGAAGCCAAAAAGAAGUAAAUUUUCUUCUUCUUCUGAUGAAAAUGAAGAAGAAAAUUCGAAAGAUAGUGAUCCUUCGGAUAAAGAAAGUUCAAGUAGUUCGUCAUCUGAAGAAGAAAAAAUUAAUACAUCUUCAAGUGAUGAAAAACUUAGUUCAAAAGAAAGUUCAAGUUCUUCUUCUGAUGAAAAAUUAUCAUCUGAAGAAAACUCAUCAUCAAGUGAAGAAAAAUCAAGUGAUUCUUCAGAAAAAUCAUCAUCAAAUGAAUCAGAAGCAGAAGAGGAAGAAGAGAAAAAAGAAAUCCCAAAACCGAAACCAAAGAAAAAACUUAAUUUGCCAAGAAAAUUUUCUUUAUUCCAACCUGAAGAAAAAUCGAGUGAUUCUGAGUUUUCUCUCAUUGACGUUGCCGAAAAAAGUAUCCCUGAUUACGGAAUGAGUUCCGACAUGGAUGCAUCAGAGGAAGAAGAAAUGAAAGAAGAAGAAUCAUUUGUAGAUGACACAACAGAAGAAGAUUCACCAGAAUUUGUGGAAAAAAGACCUCCAAUUAUUAUUGAACAACCGAAAAAUAAAUUUUUGACAUUGUCAAAAGUCACUUUUCCUUUGAAACUUUCUCGACAAACGAUGUUAGUCAGUUUGGGAGAAAUCAAUCCAUUGUACCACACACAGAGAUACAUCUAUCCAAUUGGAUUCAAAUCGAAAAGAGUCUGGAAAUCAGCUUCAAAACCUCGAACACAAGUUAUUUGGACAUCCGAAAUUCUCGAAAUAAAUGGGAAGUUGACUUUCAGAGUUUCCGCUGAUGAUGAAAAGAUAUACAUAGGAGAAACACCGACACAUCCAUGGAUAAAGAUCUGUAGAGAUGCUUGCAAAGCAAACGGACUUAAUGAACUAAUGAUGUCAGUCAGUGGAGUUGAAAUGUUUUUACUUGGAAAUACAACAGUUUUGAAUCUGAUUGAACAAAUGGAAAACGUGGACAAAUGCACAAAUUAUGUAAAGAAGUUCUCAAGAGAAAUAAAGUCUACAAUACUUGUGCCAAAGAAGUCUAGAAGAAGAAGAAAGCGAAAGAAAAAUCAUCCAAAACAUUAA